UGAUUUAACAACUUCAUGACUCAUGAUCGUCUUUCAAAUGCAACUGCUUAGCAUGGAAUGUGCGGAUGCAUCCAAUUUGGACUUAGAAAAUGUAGGACCACGAGUUAAUGGUGGGGAAGUGGAUGGUUUUAGAUGCAGUGUUGAUGAGCUACUCAUGAAAAUUGACAAGCUUGAACAAAGAGUGAAUGAAGUUGAGAAGUUUUACUUGAAUACAAGUAUAAAGCAACCAAACACCUCAAAGAAUGCUUCUUCAGGGAAACACAAAGAUAAGGAUAAACAUGUUCCUGGCUUUAAGAAGCUACAACAGGAAGCAUCACGCAGAGAGGCUGCUGCAGCUAAGAGGAUGCAGGAGCUUAUGCGCCAGUUUGGCACAAUAUUGCGCCAGAUCACUCAGCACAAAUGGGCUUGGCCUUUUAUGCAGCCCGUUGAUGUUGCAGGACUUGGGUUGCAUGACUAUUAUGAGAUUAUUGACAGACCCAUGGACUUUAGUACAAUAAAGAACCAAAUGGAGGCCAUGGAUGGCACCGGGUAUAAGCAUGUCAGAGAGAUUAGUGCUGAUGUUAGGCUGGUGUUCAAGAAUGCAAUGAAGUACAAUGAUGACAAGAGUGAUGUUCAUCUGAUGGCGAAAACAUUACUCGAAAAAUUUGAGGAGAAAUGGUUACAACUUCUGCCAAAAGUUAAUGAGGAGGAAAAAAGACGAGAAGAGGAGGAAGCUGAAGCCCAACUGAAUAUGCAGCUUGCUCAGGAGUCUGCUCAUGCCAAACUAGCCAGGGAUUUGUGUAACGAGCUUUAUGAAGUUGACACACACGUGGAGGAACUCAGAGAGAUGGUGGUCAGAAGAUGCAGGAAAAUAUCAAUAGAGGAGAAGAGAAAUCUAGGGAUAGCUCUCACGAAGUUAUCUCCUGAUGAUCUUAGUAAGGCACUGGAGAUAGUAGCACAAAAUAACCCACUAUUUCCAGCUUCAGCAGAAGAGGUGGAACUUGACAUUGAUACCCAGAGCGAAUUGACACUGUGGAGGCUAAAAUUCUUCACCAAGGAUGCAUUAGAAGUUCAUGGUAAGAGUUCAAGCAAAGGUGACAACAGUAACUCAGCCAAUGUUGCUGCUGCUAAUCUUAAUAUUAGUGCUGCCUCCAGAAGAAAAAGGGUGAUUUGUGAUGCACUUGUGAAGAAUGCCAAGAAACGAAAUAAAAAACCCUCUAAAUGAAUUUGUUUAUGAAACGGGCUGCAGUAUAGGUGUUUAGUUCAUGUGUAUCAUCAUCAGAAGAAAAGGUUUAUUUGUCUUAUCGCAUUCAUUCUCAAAUGAAAGAAUGAAUGAGACAUUUGAUACUAAAAGUUGACUAUUUUUCAAGCACUGUAGGAGGAAAUGAAAUGAUGUUGGUGUUCAAUA